AUGCACACCCGACGCGCUCUCUCGGCCCUCGCCGUAGCCGGCGCGCUCUCAACCGCUCUGGCUCUGGGUGCCGACGCCCCACUCUUGCUGACGAACGACGACGGCUGGAAGCACCCAAACAUCCUUGCUCUGUACCAAUCCUUGAAGAAGCUCUUGGUGGACGGGUCCAAGGUCAAGCCGGUUAUAUCUGCGCCCGAAACUGAUCAGUCUGGCAAAGGAGGCCUAGAUCCUAAUGCGAAGACCGACGUAGCCAACGGAGUCGAUCGGGACGACCCGGCAAUCCACUGGGUCCGUUCCUACCCCGUGACGUCGGCGCGAUACGGCUUGGACAUAUUAGGCCGGAAGACCUGGGGCUCCGACAGUCCCGUGCUGGUCCUGUCGGGAAUCAAUGACUACAGAAACACGGGAGAGCAACUGCCAAGUUCCGGCACGUGCCAAAACGCCGUCUUUGCCUCGCGCAGGGGGAUACCCGCGGUCGCCCUUUCCGGCGUGGCUCGCGUACCUACAGCUAAACGUCCCGAUCCCCCUGAAGCUAAAAGCUGGGACGAGGCUAGGCCUGUAUACGCAGAGUUGAGCACGAAGCUCGUGGGCCAGAUCUUGGGGUCGAAAGACUUCUCGGAGUGGCCCAAAGGCGUGUGGCUAAACGUGAACUUUCCUGACGUGGGAGGCAAGUGCACAAAAGCGGGUGACUUCAAAUGGGUCCUCAGCCAGAUCGACAUGAACAACUUGUCCGAAUUACGGAGAUCGGCUAUCAUAAGGAAGGGGGCGGAAGGCAGGGACCUCGAGAAGUGCAACCUGGAGGAUCUGCCCAUCGAGCAAGAGGUCCUGAAGAAUGCCCCCGCUGGCAGCUGCCUCGUCUCCGUCAGCAUAAACGACAGCCUCGAGGGCCGAGUCGAGAAACAUCUGAACCGGGACUGGACGUCAGAUAUGGACGGGCCGGGCUUUUUGCCUGGUUCGCCCUUCGAGAAGGAGGAAAAGGUGGACUGGAGCGACAUGGAGCUUGUGGGGCCGCCCGUGACAUCGGAACCCCCCCACAGGAAGGAGUAUGACGAGGAAAAGUAUCGCAAAGAGUACGAGGAAAAGUAUCGCACAAUUGCACACGCGAGCCUGGAGAGGACCAAGAUCGUGAAGAAGAUCCUGGACGACAUCCUCUCCUGCAAGUGA